CACAGAUACCACGCUCCUCUCCAUGCGCUGCCUGUUACUGUUAUUUAUUUUUAUUGAUUCUAUGAUAAGACUUUUGUUGCUGUGUUGUGACUUACUGGUUUCAGCUUUUGUUUUUCAGACUGAUGGAAAACGUCACCUACAACAGUUUUAUGCUCCAGCUGGAGGGCAUAGAUUUCACAAAGGAUGUUGUGUACAUCGCCUUUUUCUUGUUCCUAGCUUUCUAUAUUUUUACUAUGACUCUUAACUUGGGUUUUUUGAUUCUAAUCAUUAUUGAGAAGAGCCUUCACCAGCCCAUGUACAUUCUGUUUUGCAGCCUGACAGUCAGCGACAUCAUUGCAGUUACAGAAGUCUUUCCUCGCCUGCUGGUGGAUAUUUUGAGGCCUCCGUCUGAGCGCCUCAUCAGCUACUAUGAGUGUGUGGUUCAGGCGUUUCUGAAUCAGUGGGUGAGCAGCACUUCCCACACGCUGCUGAUGAUCAUGGCCUUUGACAGAUACGUUGCCAUCUGCAACCCUCUGCGUUACUCUGCGAUUAUGACCAGCAGGAUGCUGGUGAAGCUCACGGUUACCGCCUGGGGCGUUCCCUUCUUGUUUGUUUCGGUUCUGAUCGGACUCUCCGUCAGGCUCAACAGAUGCAGGACUUUUGUCUCAAGCCCGUUGUGUGACAACGCCUCAUUGUUUAAGCUCUCCUGUGAAAGUGUGGAGAUCAAUAACAUCUAUGGCCUCUUUUACACCGUGCUGCUGCUGGCAGCAUCGGUCGGCUCCAUUGUUCUAACCUACGGGAAGAUUGCUGUGAUAUGUCUGACCAGUAAGAACAAAUCAAUGAAGAAAAAAGCCCUGAAAACCUGCAGCACUCACCUGGUUGUCUACCUGGUUUUGUCGUUCAGUGGAUUUAGUGUUAUUGCUCUGCAUCGAUUUCCGCAGUACUCGUAUUACAGAAAAAUCCUCACCAUUCUGUUUUUUAUCAUACCUGGAAGCCUCAACACUAUUGUUUAUGGUGUCCAGUCAAAAGAAAUACGCAACUUUUUAUCUGAAAAAAUUAAGUCACAUCAAUGUUUACAACUAAAAAAUAACAAAUAGUGACACAGACUUUAUUUUUCUUGUAUACCCAAUAAAAUGUGAGUUCCAACUUUUAGGAUGUGGUUGUUUUUUACUGUGUAAAUGUCUCACUAAAAUUCCUUUUGUUGCAGUGAAUUUAUGCUUUGCGUCUAGAAUAAUAAUAAUGAGACUUCAUGUUAGUAGAAAUGUGCUUAUUAAGGAUGAAUAUAUCUUAAGUUGUUUAAUCUCUUUUAAUCUGACGAGUGUUUGUAGCUGACUCGUGAUUAACCACAAAUGAAUCCGAUUUUUUAAAAAUAUUCUUCAUGUACUUUAACACAGUGCUUUUUUAUUUUUAUAAUAUUCUUUGAAACACUGGAAAAAGAAACUUUUCUCUUUGAAAUGUAACUUUAUUAUAGUUGCAACAAUAUCAAGCAAUACAAACUCAGUAGCUGGAAAAAGGGUUUCACCCUUGCACUGUGCAAUUUCUGGCAUUUGCACAGAAAUCAAACUUAAACUGUAUUUAAUUUAUUUGUAUAUACUUUAUCUUUUCAGGCGGCUGCUGUUUUAUUGUAUAACUGCAGGUUGCGCUUGCUGCCCAGAGAAGCGGCACGUUAAGCACGUUCCGUUUUGUUGUUUUUUUCGGUCGCACACUUAACGUGAUUGUUUACAAGGAGCGAUCGUCGUUAUGCAAACUGCAUUUGGGAGCAGAUUUUACGAGUUUUAAAAGGAACAAUAUAUUUCCCUAUCGAAUCUUCAUAAUAAAAAUGACAUUUUAAAAAAACUGAUUUCCUGAUUGCAUUUAUUUAAUUUCAUCAAUGCAACGAAACACAAUACAUUCAUAUUGUAACGGAAGGUAAACUUAAAGCACCAUCGUACAACAGAGUCACCUGGUGCGUCAUUCCUUCCAGGACGCACAGCAGGAAAAUAAACAUUUAAUCAUGAAUGUACGCACUUAUUCGCUUUGAUAAUAGGCUAGAAUAGCUAAUAUAAACACUUGAAGCCUGUGUUGCCUUUAUUAUAAGCCUUAUAUAAGACUUUUAAUUUUUUGCGGCUCCAGACAGAUUUGUUUUUGGGUUGUUUUUGUUUUUUUUGGUCCAAUAUGGCUCUUUCAACAUUUUGGGUAACAGGUGUUAUGCCGAGAAUUGCAUGCCCUGUCUCGGGAGCGCGCAUCGCUCUAAACUCUCGCAUAUUGAUGAGAAAACGGACUAAAAUAUGACCAAAGAGGAAACUUUUAAAGAUAUUCGUAACAUUAUCACGUCUCUUAACCAUGUAAGCCCUAAAACGGUGGGUUUUAUUUCGCAGAUUAAUUGAAAUAAAUACGGUUUUUACAGCUUUAUUGA